AAUUGCAACAUUCCUAUGGCUUAUAGGUCCAGCUGCAAUGGAAAUUUAUACCACGUUGUUCCCAAAUGAUGGCACAACUGAUGGAAUACUGGGAAAUCAAAAUGCUGUGGCUCCAGGAAACGAACAAGCAGGCGAAGGCGAUAAUCAAGCAGAAGAGCGACAGUCACGCACACUUGAGGAAAUCAUAAUUGCUUUCGACCGCUACUGCAUUCCAAAAAAAAUGUAACAAUGGAGACAUUCAAGUUCAACCAAAUAUUGCAGAAAGAGAAGCAGUCAUUCACUGACUUCGAAACUGAAAUCAGGAAACAAAUUCAGUUCUGCGAAUUUGGUUGUGCUUGUGGUGUCUCCUACGAAGAAAAAAUGAUAAAGGACAGAAUCAUCAUCGGGGUCUAUGACAAAAAGCUGCAGCUUAAGCUCCUGGAUGGGAGGGAUGAAUCACUGCAAAACGUGAUUUCAGUUUGCAAGGCGUUCGAGGCAGCAAAUGCUAACAAAGUCUUGCUUGAUAGAGGUGCCAUCGCUCAAAAGGCAUACAGUGUGGAACAACAACAAAUCAGCGCUAUAAAUCGACGAUGCUACAACUGUGGGGACGACUUCACUCCUUCACAUCUUAGAAGCUGCAAAGCAAACGGGGUAACUUGUCGAUGUUGUGGAAAGCAGGGGCACUAUCAAAGGUUGUGCAAAUCAAAAGGAAAACAAGGGGAGCAAACUGGAUAUCAUAAGGAAAACAAAAAGCCAGACAACUACAAUAAAGGAAAGCCUUCGGUUCACUCUUUGCAAUACUGGGGUGACUCAUCAGAAUAAAUUCGAAUAUCUUUGGAAAAAAAGAGCAAUGGAAAAAAACAUUCUUGAUAGGGAAUGAACACAUCACCUUUAAACUUGACACUGGAUCUGAUGUCAAUUGUAUACCAGUUUAUUUAACAAAAAAACUUGACAUUGAAUUAAAGUAUAAAAACGAACUUAAUAAUUUGCUAAUCUCUGAUUACAAUGGUAAUAAAAUUAAUGUAUUUGACAUAGUAAAGCUUUCGUGUUAUGAUUUGGAAAAAAAAACUGAACACUCUUCUCACUUCUAUGUCGUUGAUGAUAGUCAUGAGCCAUUGCUAGGCUUGGAAUCGUGUAGGGAGUUUGGGUUGGUAAAACGAAUUGAUGUUGACGCUGUCAUGUCUUCAUCACUGGCAUGCACUGAAUUCAUAAAAACUAAUGGGGAUGUUUUUGGUAGUGUUGGUAAGUUUCCGGGAACCAAUUCAAUUAAAUUGAAAGAAAAUUCUAGGCCAUCGUUACACUAUAAGAAAAGAAUACCACUUAGUCUACUAGAUAAACUUAAAGCAGAAAUUGAAAAUAUGUUGCGGGAAGGUAUAAUUUCUGUAGUAAAUUAUCCAACUGAAUGGGUAAAUAAUCUUCAAAUAGUAGAGAAACCAAAUGGGAAGCUUCGGAUAUGCCUUGAUCCAAAACCACUUAAUAAAUGUAUUCAGCGCGAAC